AAUGCCCAGUGUUUCACUUGGACACUCAGAUAUUUGAAGCGUGGUUAAGAUGCAAUGUCCACUGAAAGUCCAGUUUUAAAAGAACAUCUCUCUAUAUCAUCUGUUUGCUUUAACACAAUUACGAAUCCAAGCAUCAUGAGUUCAGCAUUCUGGUAACCUAGAGACUGAAGUAAACAAAAGUACCUCUGAGACAGCCAACUAAGAGACCUGUAAAAUUGAUGGCUCCCUAUCCGAUGCUGCCGGUGACACACACAAAAAGUAAGAUUUCCUCCAGCCAGAAUGUCAACUGAGAAUUCCACAGAUCUAGUUCAGUAUGCUCCCAAGAAUCAGCCUUUUCUUCCUGCUCUUCCAGGGAAUCUGAGGUAUCCUGUAGAAGAACAACUCUCUAGCCAGGAGAGAACUAUAGCUGUUCUUCUUGAACAGGCCUUUCGCAUCAAGGAGGAGAUUUCAUCUUGUCUUCAAGGGAGCCAUGGAUUCCAAAGGGAGGAAUCAAUGGCCCGGCAGCUGCUGGAAAACCACAUCCAGACAAUCACCAGCAUUGUCAAAAAGCUCAACCAAAACAUCCAGGUUCUGGAAGAACAAAUAAGGGUUCGGGACAAUGCAAUCACUGAAAGUCAUUUUGCUUCCCAGACUUUUACCCAGGCUCAGCUCCAUGGAAUGGGAGAUCUCCGUGGAAGAGUAGCAAGAUGUGAUGCAAGUCUUGCAAAGCUCUCCGGAGACAUUAAUGUCAUCAGGCAUGAGUACCAGAAAGUUGAAAAAGACAUUCAAGCGCUUAGGUCUAUUCUGGAAGCUUUUUCUAAGACUGUGGAUGUGAAGGUAAUGCAGCUAUUAGGAAGGAUAGACUCUUACGGCAUGGAGCAAACCUCAAAUUUAAAGGCAGUCCAGGGGGAUAAUAACCAUGAAUUGAGUCUUCUGAAUUUCAAAUUUGAUGCACUUAAAAAUGAGCUCCGUGAACAAGUUCAGAACCAACAGAAGUGGACAGAAAAUCAGCUUAUGAAAUCUGAAAAAGAACAGCUUUUGCAUAUUAAUCAAUUUCUCAGCACAAUCAAGGAGAAAAUGGAAGAAUCAAAAAACAAAUUGGAAAGAAAAGUGCAGGAAUUAAUAAUGAAAUCAGAAGAGUUACUAAAUCCACAGAGAUUGGAAAUAGAAUUGAACAAAGUAAAGUUUGCAGAAAACAAGUUGUACAAAAGGAUGAAUCGAAUGGAAAAGCAGAUAUGGGAAGAGCUAAACAAAAUCCAAAAUGAGUACCAAUCAGGAUUUCAGUCGAUUCGUGAAUCUCUUGAAUCCCUCCAACAAAUACAGACGACAAAGAUCCAGUUAGAGAAAUAUAAAUUCCGGAAAGACAUAAGCAAGUUGCAUCGCAAGAUAGUGGAACUUCAAGAAAUGUAAAUCCUGUCUCCAUCAUCUUCUUUGUUUUCUCCUAUGCAUGGAGUUUACUGAUUUGCUGAAGAGCUGUAGCCAGGAGCACAAUAUCUGAAUCCUGCUGCUUACAUUCUAUUUCAAUCUACACUUUUAAAAAGCUAUAAAAGCCAAUAAAGCAAGACAGAAAGAA